AUGGAAGAUAACUCCUACUUUGAUGAGGUGGAGAAGUUGUUAGAAAAUAAAAGUAAAAACAAGGAGGGAAAAAAUGGAGUUGUAAAGAAUAGUAGCAGGAGAAAAAAGGAAUUAAAGAACAGAGCAACGAAUGGAGAGUCGGACAAACCCAGUGACAACGAGAAGGAAGAAUAUGUGAAAGGUGGUGGAGAUGAUGAAGGACAACAUAAUGACGAGUACAGUACGCGAGAUGACGAACUCGUUUUGAAAAAAAAUUCCCAUAAGGCGUUAAAUGGAGGAAGGAGGAGCGGUAAAGGAGGGAAAAGUGAGCACCAGGGUGGUAAACAUAAGUCCAGAGCGAAGAGGAGGGGAAACCAAGGUGGAGAUAGUGAGGAGGAUAUGACAGGUGGGAGUGAUGUUACAAGUGAAAGUGGGAGCGCUCGUGGCAGGCGCAACGAUAAAAAUAAACAAAACAGAGUGCGAGACGCACCCAGUGAUAGCAGUGUUGAAAAACGCAAAACGUAUUCAUCGGAGGAGUCCAGUAGUGGACACAAAGGAAGAAGGAAGAGACAUAAAGAUAGGGACAGCCCCGUCAAGUCGCGUAGGGAAGUGUCCCACACCAAGUCUGGCGAGAGUGAUGACGAGGGUGAUAUGGACGAGAAGGAAAGAAGUAAAAAAAAGAGUGCUGUGGAGAGAGGAGCAGGAGGAAGAAGGAGAAAAGGUCACGGAAAGAAGGACCAGAAAAAAAAAAGUGCUCGCCAAAGUGGCUCAGAGAACGAAGCAGAAAGUGAUGGAGAGGAGACCAAUGGAAAAGAGUCUAACAGUGAAGCGGAGAAUAGUGGAGAAGCGAACACUGAUGGAACAAACAGCGAGGAGGACAGCGAGAGUGGAAGUGACUCCGGCAGGAGGAAGCGGAGAGACAAAGUGAAAAGUGGUGCCAAGCGAAGUGACAACAGGGGACACAAAAGAAAAGAGAAAUCAGAUUCAGAGGAGGAGUCAAAUGUGUCCACAAAUUCCGAUCAUGGAGAAAGAGGAAGUAAAGUACGAGGAGGGAGAGGAAGAAGAAGCGGAGGAGGAGUUGUGAAGUCGGACCAGGAGGAAGAAGAGAACAGAGAGAAUAGCGAAGAUGGGGAUGAUCGGGGGAAGCAAAGGAGGAGACAUAGAAGGAGGAGUACUCCCAGUAGUGAACGGGGUUCUGCCACUAAAAGGAAAGGUUCCAAUCGUGAUGAAAGCAAUGAUGAGGGUGAUGAGGGCGAUGAGGGUGGCGACGAAUCCGAUGCGGAGCGCUCCGGACGGGAGGACGCAAAAAGGAGAAAGGGCAAACACAAGAAUGACAGAGAAAGUGAGCGAAAAAGAGCAGAACGAGAUGCAUCGUCAAGUGGAAGCUCCUCUAGUCAGGAAGAAGACUCUCGAAGGAAGCGGAAAAGGAGAAAAGACAGUCCUAGUAUAAGCGACUCGGAUUCCAGUGAUGGAGAGGAGCGCGACCGCAGGUGUAGAAGUGCCAAAAGGAGGAAACGGGAGAGGCACGAGCUGGAGAAGAGGGAAAGAUAUCGGGAUAGGGAGAGAGAGUAUGAUAGGGAGAGGGAACGCGCACGGGAACGACUGUGGAAGGAGCGAGAACGAGAAAGAGAAAGACUGAGGAAGGAAAGGGAAGAAGCACGAAUCAGGAGGGAAAAGAGAAGAGAAGAACAAAGAAAACAGAAGGAACAGGAGGAAGCUAAGAGAGACGACCUAACUGUGCUGGUACUAAACUUAGACCUAAAGGCCGAUGAAAGAGACAUAUAUGAAUUUUUCUCAGAGGUGGCUGGAAAGGUAAGAGAUAUUCAGUGUAUAAAAGAUCAGAGGUCAGGAAAAUCAAAAGGAGUAGCUUAUGUAGAAUUCUACACCCAAGAUUCAGUGAUGAAAGCUUUAUCGGCUAAUGGUUAUAUGUUAAAAAACAGGCCAAUAAAAAUACAAUCUUCCCAAGCGGAAAAAAAUCGAGCCGCGAAAGCAGCAAAACAUCAACCUAUUGACCCAAAUGAUAUUCCUAUAAAAUUAUAUAUUGGUGGGUUGUUAGGUCCGCUAGGAUACAUCUCGGAGCUGGAGUUAAAGCAGCUGUUUAAUCCUUUUGGAGAAAUUCUUGAAGUAGAAAUUCAUCGAGAUCCUUACACAGGCAAGUGCAAAGGGUUUGGGUUCAUCCAGUUCUUUAGAGCAUCCGAGGCCAUUGAAGCUAUGGGGGUUUUAAACGGGAUGGAAAUAGCAGGCAGAGAAUUAAAAGUUAGUUUCGCGCAGGAUUCCAAAUAUAUCCUUGCCUCUGAGAAGGAGGCAAAGGAGAAGGUGCUCGCAAAGCUUUUGGCGAAGAAGGCGAAAGCUGAAGAAAAGGUGGAAGAACCCGACAACGAGAAAAUUGACAACGAUGCUGGUGACGGAGGUGGUCUCAUUGCCGGGGCCGGAAGUAAAAUUGCCCUCAUGCAGAAGUUGCACCGGGACACCAUCGCUGACUCAGGGAUAUCGAGCCAGUUCACCACCGCCACCAAAGGCAUGAUGCAAACGGCAGCGCUGCCUACUGCUCAGCCGAACACUGUAAACAACAUCACGCCGAACCUGGUGCUCUGCAACAUGUUCUCUCCCAAUGACGAAAACAUCGGUUCGGACCCAGACUUUUUCACAGACAUAAUUGAGGACGUUAAGGAGGAGUGCAGCAAGUACGGAAGUAUCAUCAAAAUUUGGUUAGACACAAAAAACAUUGACGGGAAGAUUUACAUCAAGUAUGCUAACCACGAUGAAUCCUUGAAGGCAUUUCAGUUUCUUAAUGGGAGAUACUUUGGAGGUUCCCUGAUAAAUGCUUAUUUUGUGACGGAGGAAAUGUGGAACUCGAUAUGUGGCUAG